AUGAAUGCUGCUCCCAGUGAAGUUCUUCCUCCCAUCGGAAAGAGAUCUGGAAAAAAGAGCAUAUUUCCACCACCAACACUCGAAAAUCUCAGUCAGUUCCGCUCGCAAGCCCGCGCUACCAAUGAUCCUAUGGUGCAGCUGAACUUCGCAAAGUUUUUAGUGGAAGCAAUUCCGCAAGUCUGCUUAGACGAUCCUGAUCAAAAGCGAGCUAAGAAAAUUCGUGAAGGUAUGGCCAAUGAAGCACAACGUGUUGUCAAAAAACUGGCUUCGCAAUCCAAUAUUGGAAAAGCCGUUCACGCUGAAGCUCAGUUCUUCCUUGCCAAUUGUUAUGGCAGUGGACUCAUGGGCUUAGCAGUUGAUCACGAUAAGGCAUUCAACAAUUAUGUCCAAGCCUCUAAGCAGAGUCAUCCGGCUGCCACAUACCGUACAGCUGUGUGCUACGAAGUUGGAGCAGGCACGAAAAGAGAUCAUGCUCGAUCUAUUCUCUUUUACCGUAAGGCAGCUAAUUUGGGUGAUACGCCAGCUAUGUAUAAGCUCGGUAUGAUUUUAUUGAAGGGAUACAUCAGCCAACAGAAGAAUCCACGAGAAGGUAUCUCUUGGUUGAAACGAGCAGCCGCCAACGCCGACGAAGAAAACCCUCACGCACUUCAUGAACUGGGUCUCGCCUAUGAAAAGGAAGGUAUCCCGUCCGUCAUUGCAGACGAGAAGUACGCACGCGAACUGUUCACCCAAGCAGCUCAAUUCGGAUAUGCCCCAUCACAAUUCAAGCUUGGAUGCUGUUACGAAUACGGCCAGCUGACAUGUCCUGUAGACCCUAGACGCUCAAUAGCAUGGUAUUCCAGAGCAGCUGAGCAAGGUGAUGUUGAAGCGGAACUUGCUCUUUCAGGAUGGUACCUGACUGGCUCAGAAGGCGUCUUGAAGCAAAGUGAUACCGAAGCGUACCUUUGGGCACGAAAAGCAGCUGACAAAGGGUAUGCCAAGGCAGAGUACGCCGUUGGUUAUUAUACCGAGACUGGCAUUGGCAUCAAACCAGAGUUGGAUGAAGCUCGUCGGUGGUACAUGCGAGCUGCUGCGCAAGGUAACAAGCGUGCUAUGCAGCGUCUCACCGAACUCAAAAAGUUUGGAAACGCUCGUCCUCAGCAACGUCAGAAGCAUACUCGCGGUGCCAAUGGCGCUCCUGCAAAGCAGGACAGCGAUUGCUCCAUUAUGUAG